AGCUGCUCGAAUGGUUUCGUUAGGACGUGGCCGAAUUAAUACCGAUGCAAUUCCACGCGUCAACAUAACUUCAAAAUAACUUCAUCAAAACGUAACAUCGUCCAGCGCACAUCGGUUCCUGCGCUUAUUCUGCUGCCGCGUCUAGUUGUAAAUACUGUUGAGUGUGUAGAGCUUGCGGACAAAUAAGCGUGCCCCCGACAGAAUCGUAACGAUGCAGAAGUUUUUCGUGCUAUUGCUGCUGGCUUUGCCCGCUGUCUUGCUGACGCUGAAUACCGGUUCGAGUCCGUUCGCCUUUGCCGCGGAAGACGAGCUGGACGAAGAGUUGGUCGAUGUGGAAACGGAAGAUGCGGCCGUCGUGGCGGAUGAAACGGAACCCGAGGAUGAGCCGGAAACGACAAAGUCUCCGGAUGCGGACACGUACUUGCUCUUUACGCGCCCCCUCCAUGCGACCGGUUCGCAGCUCGAACUGCCCGCUGGCUAUCCGGUAGAGUUUUUGGUUGGCUUCACGAACAAGGGCGAGUUUGAGGAUUUCGUCGUCGAGUCGGUCGAAGCAUCGUUCCGGUACGCGAUGGAUUUCAGCUACUUCAUCCAGAACUUCUCGGCCGUGCCGUACAACCGUGAGGUGAAACCGGGCCACGAAGCGACCGUUUCGUACUCGUUCCUGCCAACCGAAUCGUUCGCCGGACGUCCGUUUGGACUGAACAUCGCGCUGAACUAUCGUGAUGGCCGCGGCACUCAGUUCAGUGAGGCUGUGUUCAACGAAACCGUGCAGAUCACCGAGGUCGACGAGGGACUGGACGGUGAAACGUUCUUCCUGUACGUGUUCCUGGCUGCCAUCGUCAUUUUGCUGCUGGUGCUCGGCCAACAGUUCCUGGGAUCGUACGGCAAGCGGAAACGUCCGACGGCUGCCCGCAAGGUGGUUGAAACUGGAACGGCCAGCACGAAGGACGUCGACUACGAAUGGAUCCCGCAGCAAACGUUGAAGCAGAUGCAAAACUCGCCCAAGAGUGCUCCCAAGUCGUCGCCGAAGCAGAGUCCACGGCAGCGAAAGGCGAAAGCAGGCGUGCAGUAAUCCGUACCAUGCCGUCGUGUGACAGUGAAAGACUCGUCAGCACACGCCAUUCCAUUCCAUUGCCGGAGCUGGAUCGUGUGCACUUUAUCACCCCCAUCCCUCAAAACUCAUCCUUUCCCGGUUCCUCUUCCUACCAUACCACCACAGUGGCGUCUCGCAAAGCAUCGUAUCAUUUCCUUUAGUGAUUUACAACGCAGUGUCACAAUCAUCUCUCCUCCCGACUGACUCCUGCGCUCAGUAACUUAGAAUAAACCCGCACGUACACUGGUGAGACUGCAACCGAAUGAGAUCGUGCACUUGAAAGGCACGAGGGAAGAGGCGGAGAUGGCAACAUCCCCACGAAGGCAGCAGGCAAAUGUUUGGAGCUUCCAGCAGGAUGUGUAGAGCUUGGCUUGCCUCCAUACAAUCCUACAAGCAACACACAUAGGAAAAAAACACUCUGAGUUAGGACAUUCGCGAACGCAUUUAGCGCUUCCCUGCGUGUGCUCGUUCGGUUGAAAUUAUAUUACGUUUGCUCAUAAUUAUGUUUGUUUCGUCGUCGGCGGCGUCGUUGGGCUGUCGGAAUCGAAAGGCUCGACGACGCACGCUCAUCAUCACCUCAGAACGCGGCUGCAGAAAAAAGCACAAAAGCAAUGGAGGAAACUCUACUCAGCGGAGUCGAUAGGGAAAUGUUUUUUUCUUUCUAUAUCCGUAGUUGAACUGUUUUACUACUAAUUUAAUGAAAAAAGCGCGUGAAUACAGAGAAAUAAAAGAGAAGAAAAACAUACUUGAA